AUGUCGAACGAUUCAUCUUUCAGUCAAUGGAAGGCUUUGACAAAGAUGACUAUCGAACUUGUUGGGAUAAUUUUAUUCGUCUUUCAGACAGGAAUAAUCCUUGUCUCUUCGAUUCAUCCCGGAGACCCAUCACUGAUAGACUCACUUGGCGAAGGAACUCUCGAGAAUACGGCCUUAUCGACGCUUGACACAUUCCUCGAUCAAAUCAGGAACAUGUUUCCCGAGAACAUUAUCCAGGCGACAUUCCAACAAGUACAGACCUACUACGUGCCGAUCAGGCCAAAGCUGCAACGUCUCAACGGCACGAGCAACGUGUCUGACGUGGUUUUCCACAAACCACAACUCACCUACACAAACGAAAUGAAUGUUCUAGGCCUGAUCGUGUUUUGCAGUGGAUUCGGUGUGAUUCUCAGCAUACUUGGCGAUCAGGCACGAUUGAUGAUCAACUUCUUCAUCGUGUUAGACGCUAUUAUUAUGAGAUGGAUCUCGGCCUUGAUG